GGAGCAGCGCGGCCAGAGGCGCGGAGGGGCGCGCAGCGGAGCCGCCGAGAUGCUGAGCUCGCCCUGGGCGCGCUUCUACUCCAACAGCUGCUGCCUCUGCUGCCAUGUCCGCACCGGCACCAUCCUCCUCGGCGUCUGGUACCUGAUCAUCAAUUCGGUGGUGCUGCUGAUCCUGCUGAGCGCCCUCACCGAUCCUGACCAGUACCACCUAACAAGUGCGGAGUUAGGGGGUGAAUUUGAAUUUAUGGAUGAUGCCAAUAUGUGCAUAGCUACGGCAAUUUCUCUCCUUAUGAUUCUGAUCUGUGCAAUGGCUACAUAUGGAGCAUAUAAGCAACAUGCUGCUUGGAUCAUUCCUUUCUUCUGUUACCAGAUCUUCGACUUUGCUCUCAACACAUUGGUUGCCAUCAGUGUACUCGUCUAUCCCAGCACUAUUCAGGACUACCUCCGCCAGCUGCCCACCAAUUUUCCCUACAAGGAAGAGAUCAUGUCUGUGAACCCAACCUGUCUGGUUGUGAUUAUACUUCUUUUCAUAAGCAUCAUUUUGGCUUUUAAGGGUUACUUGAUAAGCUGUGUGUGGAACUGUUACCGAUACAUUAACAGCAGAAACAAUUCAGAUGUGUUGGUUUACAUUACCACCAAUGACACUGCGGUGCUGUUGCCACCAUAUGAUGAUCCUGUGAAUGGAGCUGCUAAAGAUCCACCACCACCUUAUGUGUCAGCAUAAGUGAGAACGUGUUGUGGACCCAGGGAGGAUAGCUUGACUUCCCAGACGUUGGAGCAAUAGUGUGAUAAUUUCACUUCCUGGAUAUAACCCCUGUGGGUUAUAUAUUGCUGUUUUGCUGACAUAUUGAAACCUAUACUGUAUGUUUAAAAAUGUAUAGUUUUAAUAAUUUGCUGCAACCACAGUAGUGUACUGAACUAAUUUCAGAACCAUUGGGUAGUGAUGAGGUUACAGUAGUCACGGAAUAGGUUUUUCCACCCUCUCUGACAUGCAGUGCUAGAGAACUCAGAAAUCUGCAGUCUCCAUCAGGUUCAGUGUAACUUUCCUUUUUUUCCAGGGCAUUAAAAAGUGUUUUGUUGCCAAUGCCCUCUUUCCACUUGAGAAUGCAAACUAAGUCCAAAGAGGUGACAUUCUGCUUCAUUCCUGUUCCACAAAAGUUAUUGUGCUAGGAAAGAUGAUGACUGCCAGGGGAACAGUGAGGCUCAGGUACUAUUCUCAUCAACCUAAUGGCUAAUGGGAAACAAUUCAUUGGGAAAAAUAGGURUGGGAAGCCAGAGUAGACAAAGUGCUCCAUGAUGUACUGUAGUAAGCCAGGAUCUGUGACUCUGUAGACUCACUUUGACCCAGGCUGCAACCAUUCCAAUGACCAAAAAAAAAAAGUAUUGCCCAUUUACAAUUGUUGUAAUUUUCUUUUUGAUGUUUAUGCCACAUUUUUCUCUCCAGCAGCCUCUCAAAUAGUCACACAACCUAUGCUUUUGGAGGUCACAAAACCUGUGCUUUUAAAGUCACAUGGCUUGGUGACAAAGCUGUGUCUUUGGCACUCAAUAUGCAAAUGUUYUUUUUCUGUAGGAAUGUGCCUGUAAAUAUUGCAAUGUUCUUUUGAGUGUGAAGUAAAUUAUGCAGAUACUAAGGUAUAUUUUCCCAACCUAUGGGAAACUUAUGCAUGUCACUUCCUCAAGCAUUAGCAAGUAUCUUUUGUGUGUUUCUCAUAUACAUCAACAUGGGGAUUUAGAUGCUUUUCUGUGACUGAAGGGGUUGUGCUGAGAAUCCUUCUCCUGAGACUCAUCUAUCCCUGAAAGUUUGUGUGA